CACGUCAUUUGCAAAAUCUAAUAGCGGCUCCAUCAAAUAUUACUCGCAUCAGCUGCUCUUGGUGAUGCGCUAGCGCCCAAGUUAAGACUUUCCAUAAACACAUAGUAUCAGUCCACGGUUUAAACGGACAUAGUGGCGGUGGUAGCAGUAGAAGACUGUAAUAUUAUUCAUCGGAAUCGGAACGAUGGAGGAAUUAUAUCAUCGCACGAGGCAUGACAUGGAGGAGGUGGAUCGGGCCUUCCGAAGGUUUGAUCAGGCUAAAGACGAGCAGGAGUUUGACACUCAUGUCGAUCAACUAAUCGAAACGAUAUUCAACAAGUGCGAGCGAUUAAGUAUAUUAGUGCAUAAGGAGCCAGCAUCACGACGGCACCUUGCCAUGCAGAAAGUCGACCAGUUGAAGUACGAUGCGAGACACCUUAAAGCGGCACAAGAGAACCUCAAGCGAAAGCGGGACGAGCGACGCGCACACGAACGCAAUAGAGAAGAGCUUCUUCACCGAACGUUUCGUGCCAAUGAUACCUCGAUCGAUAUGGACCACAUGGUCGUAUUUCACACAAAGGCGCAAGACGCCAAUCGUAAUGUGGACGAUCUUAUAUCCCAUGGCGGCUUGAUUCUUGACAAUCUGCGUGAACAGAAACGACGCCUAAUGAAUACACGGAAACGCAUCUUCGACAUUGUCAAUCAGCUAGGAAUGUCUAAUACGCUUAUGCGGCUGAUUGAGAAACGUGGCGCCCAAGACAGAUACGUUCUUUUUGGCGGAAUGGCUGUCACGCUUUUUGUCAUGUUCGUUAUCGUAGUUUACUUUUAUUAAGCAAAAAGACAGGAGGCAAAGCGUUUUGAGUGACAAGCUCAAGUGGACAAACAUGACGGUAUUUUCUCACGCGAUUCACGCUUCUACCCAAAAGUCUAAGAAAAAAACGAAUUUAAAUGAAUACUGUAUUUUUAGGUGUGGCAUUGUAAUUACAAUGCAACUGGAACGAAAGUAUGAACUUGACGAUGGGAUAACAGCAACAAUAUAUAACCAUGUUGCUUGUUGCUACAAUUUGCUAUCAAUGGUACUAAUUAUAGGUGAAAUUGCUCUAUGUGGAUCAUACUGAAAAAAUAUUAUUUACGGUUAGGUACUGACACUGAGAGUAUUUUGGUGAUUCAUUUAAAGAAAAAAGAAUAGAACGCCUUCAAGAUUUCAGAUAUUAAACAGCACCAGAUUAAAUAGAUAAUGUGAGAUAUAAUAAAAUACGGACGGAUAUAUUGGAUAUAUUAAAAUAACUUGAUAUUUGACAAACUCAACGAAAUGUAUAGUACUUAUUGUAGAUAACAAUACAAAAGCGGGUCAAGGUAGCGAUAGCAGCGUUGUGCAAAGUUGUCAAAGUAUAUCGUGUAAGUUUUAAUGCAUUAUAAACAAAAAUAAAAAUGUAAUGAA